AUGUUACGUGUAUGUGAUGCAUUGGUUAAUUCGAUGAAUAGUUUUUUUUGGUUUGGUCUUCUUCGUUGUCGUGAAACGUUGUUUGGUCGGGAUAUAAUAUCGUUGGCACGCUUAUUUUAUACUUCCCAACGAUACAGUCAGGUAGAGAGUGAUCGCGAUAAAAAGUCAGAUUAUCGGUUGAAACGUAAAAAUCAUUUCGGGAAGAAGAAUCGCGAGCGCUUAUCAACAUAUUUGUAUAAUAUGGCUGCACCUGAAAUUGAAGAGCAGCUUAUACCACUUCGUGCAGCUGUUAAGGAGUUUGGUGAUUUGAUACGUUCUCUCAAAGAAAAAGGUGCUCCGAAAACGGAUAUCGAUAGAGCGGUUAAUGAGCUGAAAGCUCGCAAGAAAAAACUGGAAGAACGUGAACUUGCUUUAGCACCUAAAAAUAUUUCAUUUUUUGACCGGCUGAAAUUUGAGGAUUUAUUGAAGCAGCGUUUCUUUUAUGAUCAAUCAUUUGCAAUCUAUGGAGGUGUGACCGGAUUGUAUGAUUUUGGUCCGAUGGGAUGUGCUAUGAAAGCGAACAUGAUUAAUCUUUGGCGAAAUCAUUUUGUUCUUCAGGAAAAUAUGCUUGAGCUGGAUUGUUCAGUACUUACUCCUGAAAAUGUUCUCAAAGCAUCAGGGCAUGUUGAUCGAUUUUCUGACUGGAUGGUGAAAGAUCUGAAAACCGGUGAAUGUUUUCGAGCUGACCAUCUGAUCAAAAAUUUCGUUGAGAAAAUAUGUGAGGAUACAAAGACAUCGGCUAGUGUUAAAGAGGAACUAAAGGAAAUCCUGGCGAAACUGGAGGGUUUUAACGAUGCAGACAUGCACAAUGUCAUCGUAAAGCACAACAUCAAAUCUCCAGUAACAGGGAAUGAAUUAUCCGAGCCUAUUGCUUUCAACUUGAUGUUUCCAACAAUGAUUGGCCCAACAGGCGAUCUGAAGGCUUACUUGCGACCAGAAACGGCACAAGGCAUCUUUGUUAAUUUCAAGCGGUUGUUAGAAUUUAAUCAGGGUAAGCUACCGUUUGCUGCUGCCCAAAUUGGUUCUGGUUUUCGAAACGAGAUUUCUCCAAGGCAAGGUUUAAUACGACUUCGUGAAUUUACAAUGUGUGAAAUUGAGCAUUUCGUUGAUCCGAAUAAUAAAAGUCAUCCAAAAUUUGAACGGGUGAAGGAUUACAACCUGAUAUUGUUCUCGGGUUGUAAUCAAAUGGAUGGUGCACCAGCAGAAAUAUUGCCAAUUGGGAACGCUGUUGCUAAGAAGUUGGUUGCAAAUGAAACUCUUGGUUACUAUAUGGUUCGAGUUCACAAAUAUUUGAUGCGCGUUGGAGUAGACCCAAAGAGACUGCGAUUUAGGCAGCAUUUGGCUAAUGAAAUGGCUCAUUAUGCUUGUGAUUGCUGGGAUGCUGAAAUCUUGACAUCGUAUGGAUGGAUUGAAUGUGUUGGAGUAGCUGAUCGUGCAUGCUAUGAUUUGUCGCAACAUUCGAAAGCUACGGGGGAGAAACUAGUAGCUGAGAAAGUGCUCAGUGAACCAAAAGUUGUGCAGAUUAUUGAAGCAGUACCCAAUAAGGCAGUUAUUGGAAAAAUUUACAAAACAGAAGCGAAGCAGAUCUUUACUAGGCUUGAACAGCUCACUUUAGAAGAAGUUGAGAUGCUGGAAAAGGAGAUCGUUUCUGCGGGCAAUGCGAAACUUCGAUGUGGAGAUAAAGAAGUUGAAUUGCAAAAAGAUUACAUUACCAUUAAAAGAUACGAAAAGAAGGUGUAUACUGAGGAAUUCUUCCCAUCAGUUAUUGAACCCUCAUUCGGUAUUGGAAGGAUCAUGUAUAGCGUUUUGGAACAUUCUUUCCGUCAAAGGGAAAAUGACGAACAAAGAGUGUAUUUUGCACUGCCACCAAUUGUUGCUCCAAUCAAAUGUUCUGUGCUUCCAAUCUCAUCGAAUCCACGUUUUGAGCCAAUUAUGGAUGCUGUACGCUCAGAAUUAGUUAAAUUUUCUGUGAGCUAUAAACAAGAUGACAGCAGUGGAUCACUUGGUCGACGUUAUGCUAGGACAGAUGCCAUAGGCAUACCGUUUGGUAUAACGAUUGAUUUUGAAUCGGAAUCAGAACCAUGGACUGUAACUUUGCGCUACUCAAUCACAAUGGAGCAAAUUCGACUAAAGGUGAAUGAUGUUGGAAAAAUCGUUGCUGAUUUAUCAUCCGAGAGGAUGUCUUGGAGCGAAGCACAACAGAUUUAUCCUAAAUUUGAGCAAAAAUCUGAUGCUUAA